UCACUGCCUGCCUGACUCACUCGCUGAUACUGGGCCCACAGCAAACCAGCAUCAGGACCACCUGACCACCACAGACACGUUCCACCACUGCCGUUGGAUCAGUUAGCUCUGACCUGCUGCAUCACUUGCAGCCACUGAGGGGCCAGGAACACAAGGAGUGGUCGUACGAUGAUCGACAAUGACAGACUGCUUGACAAAGAGCUGUCGGCCAUUGUUCAGAAGCUGUGGGACAACGACAUCAACAGACUCACACCUGGAAAAGACUACAAGAUCUCCUUGCAGGGCAAAGCUGGAGACAGCAUGGGCGUCGGUGACAACAGCGACGCAGCGGGAUUCCCUCUGUUUACAUUUGUAGAUGAGAAUAUUUUCAAAAAGGAGACAUUUUUAGCUUUUAUCUCUCUGCUGGAUAACUAUGAGAGUGACACCGGAGAGCCAGAAAUCGUAACUCCUGAGGAGGAGGCGGAGAACCACAAGUUCCUGGACUCCAUUGUUCAGACUCCCACUAUGAAGAUAGCCCACAAAUACCUGGCGGAGAAGCAUCUUUCACCUGAGGAUGAGGCGGGAUUCAAGAAGCAGCUCUACAGGAUCUGGUUUGAGCUCUAUGCAAGGCGAGGAUCCAGCAGGCCAGAUUCUUCAGGGUUUGAACACGUGUUUGUUGGGGAGACAAGAGGCAGGCGGACUGUCAUUGGCUUCCACAACUGGAUCCAGCUGUACUUACAAGAAAAGCUGGGUCACAUUGAUUAUAAAGGCUACACUGUUGAUGCAAAUUCACCCCAGCCUGAUGAGAACAAACACAUCCUGGCACUUCAGUUCAGCUGGAAGAACGGAAUAAAGCCCAAGGGGAGCAUCUUCAUCGGCGUCAGUCCGGAGUUUGAGUUUGCCCUCUAUACUCUCUGUUUCCUCAGCUCGCCCAAUGAGCGAGUCAAAGUACAGUUCAGUUUGUAUGAUGUGGAGAUUGUUUGUCACCACUACAACCAAAAGCACAUAGGCACCACCUUUCCUGUGCUCCUUAGGUACCAGCAUCCUCAAAAGCACAAGUAGUGAUUAGUGCCUCUCCAACACUUGGGCUUGCAAAGUGUCAAGAUAAACACUUUUUUUUAUUUACAAAAAGUUACAAUAAAACUUCUCAAGACCCAUCUUUGGUUCUGUUUG